AUGGCAGAAAGUGCAGUGAAAGAAAAGCUGAAAUGUUCCACUUGCUUGGACAAUUUCAAGAAUCCCAAAGUGUUGCCGUGUUGUCACAGCUUCUGUCUCCAUUGUCUGGAGGGAUCUCAUGAGAAAACCAAAGACAAGAAAAGCCUAACCUGCCCUGAAUGCAAGGCUAGUCAUCAGGUUCCUACCAAUGGUCCCCGUGGUUUCCCAGACAACUACACACUUGCUAAUCAGAAACACGCCCCAACAACCACACCAGUUUGUGAGCAAUGCGGCGACAAGAACAAACCAGUGGAGUACAGUGACACCUGCUCAGAGUACCAAUGUGAAGAGUGUUUGAGAACCCCCAAAAAACAUAAGGGUGAUCAAAAUCACGAGACAGUCAUUAAAGCCCAGUUAAAGAAGAGCUAUUUGUGUAGUAUUCACCCCGAAGAACCACUAAGGCUUUACUGCAAGAGUUGUAAGAGCUUGGCCUGCCUCCUGUGCUUUGUGGGGCUACACAACGGCCAUGACAUUGAGAUCAUUGAUGACAAAACAAAACAAGAAGUGGAACAAAGUAUCAAUAAUCUGGUAAAAGUAACAGAUUCGAAAUUGAAGGAAUUUGAAGAGAACUUGAAAUAUGUUUCUGCCCUUGAAAAGGAAAAAGCAGAAGCUUCCAUUACACUCAAAACUCAAGUCGAUAAGAAAAAAGAAUACCACGAGACAGCCAUUACGAGCAUGGAGGGUGCUCUGAGCUUUGCCAGAAGAGGAGCUCUAGCCUGCAAGGAAGACACGGAACUAUUGGCUCUCUGCAAAUUGAAAUAG